AUGGCCCGCGGUUCUGGUGCCGGUAAUGCCCAAAGUCCCCUUCUCUGCUUGCCCUUAGAGAUCCGCCUCAAGAUCUACAACUACGCCUUCGACACCGGCGACUCCUACGACAAGGCUGAAUCAUGCGUCUAUGUCGUCAAAGAGUCACGCUCAUGGCGCUUGAUCUCCACCACCAAGCUGCGCAAGAAUCCCUUCAAUCUGGACAACAUCACCAGAAAGUUGAUGGCCCUCGAGAAAACCUGCCGUCAGGUCCGCAACGAGAUCCGCGAGAUGGUCGUCCCUCCAUCCUUCCGCUUCAAGUCCAUCCAAUGUUUCUGCGGCUUCCUAUGCUAUCGCGACAACAACAUUGACGAGUCUCGCUUGACGCUCUUGAUGUCGGCUCCCAAGGUACUCCUUGACGUCAAGAAAUGGGACGUCUCAGUACGCAGACUACGUGCUCUUCUUCAAGUCAUCAGCGAGACCAUCGAAGUCACCUUCGUGAACGAGAAGGGAGGUUCUAAGUUGACAUUGCAAGAAGCUGAGGAGAUCUGGUCUGGAAAGUCUGACUGA